AUGCCCCGCAAACGAUACGACAAACAACGUCUAACGUUCACAAUCUAUCGAAAGUCUUUGGGCAGCUUGGAAUGUACCGAGAAUCUGGAGCUGUUUCGCCGGAAGCUGGAAAAGCUAUCCCCACAGAAGCGCAAUAAAGCUGCGGUGGUAUGGCAAAAUGUGAAGAGCAUGAUUCAAGAGAAAGAACUAGACAGGAUGUCACGACUUGUGCAGGACCACCUCACUACCCUACAGCUUCAACUGCGAGUUCUAGAAGGGAACCGGAUCGAAGAUGUACAGAUGCUGGCAAACAGACUGAUUGCAUUAGUAACAGAUCACGAAGAGCACCGUAGGGAGUCGGCCUCGACCUUCGCUGAUUCUAUGCGGAUAGGUCAUGAGACUACCUACUCUUCACUUCAGAAUCAUUCCAACUCCUUUCAACAAUUUGGGGACAAAUUCCAAGAUUUCUCGACAACACUAGCUGGUUCCAUGCGGAAAGGGUACGAGACUACACAUUCUCUGCUUCAGAAUUGUACCAAUGCUGUUCAACAACAAGGAGAUAAGAUGCAAGAGCUCUCAAGCCUGUCAGUCGAUCAGAACGCAAAUUUGCAGCGUAAGAUUGAACUUCUCCUGGAGCGUCUUCCACCAGCCUCGUCAGUAGCGCAUGCAGCAAUGGCCCCUACCGAAGAUCUCCCUCGUCAGACUUCAGAAGACACCAGCCGAGAUGACAGAGCUUCCAUGGCACCGAAUGCCGCGGUCGCAGAAGACGGCCUCCAGGAAGCCCUCCAACGACUAUCUCAGCUAGCCCACGACACCGACAAAAUUGUUUUCUCCGAAGCAGCAGAGGCCAUCAUUGACGACAUCGAGCAAAUCUUGGCUCAGGCUGAUCAAGAAUCUCUUCAGGCGUCAAGGCGCAGAGAGGGAAAACGGAAAAAGAGGUCUUACGACGACAUCGAUGAAGUAGAGGAAAAGAAUCUUCAACGAAACGUGAAACGUAUGAGUGGUCAUCUAGUGACGUCCCAUUGUAUCACAGUUAAUGAGAAAGGUCGGUCUACAAUCCACAUGAGUCUCAAUUGA